AUGGGCACCCCGCGGCGCUUCAGCUGGUGUCUCUCCUGGAGAAGAAUCCUGUGCAUCUUUUUCGUGCCACUUAUCUUACCAGGUUUUGCUCCCCGAGUGAAAGAUAGAGUGCGUCUUAUAUACACAAAUGCACAGCUACAGCCAGCCCGCAUGUUUAAUUGGUCUCACCUGACCCCCCUCACGCUGAAGGACCGAUCUGUGGGACUUGAGACUGAAAGCAGAGUCGGAAGUAAGCCAUACUUCACCCUGGGGGGUCACGAGUUCCUGAUUUUCGGGGGCUCCAUCCAUUAUUUCCGGGUGCCCGGGGAGUACUGGAGGGACCGCUUGCUGAAGCUGAAGGCCUGUGGAUUCAACACCCUCACCACCUAUGUUCCGUGGAACCUCCAUGAGCCACAAAGAGGCAAAUUUGACUUCUCUGGGAACCUGGACCUGGAGGCCUUUGUGCUGAUGGCUGCGGAGAUCGGGUUGUGGGUGAUUCUGCGUCCAGGCCCCUACAUCUGCAGUGAGAUUGACCUCGGGGGCUUGCCCAGCUGGUUGCUGCAAGACCCCAAGAUGAUAUUGAGAACAACCUACAAGGGCUUUGUUGAAGCAGUUGAUAAGUAUUUUGACCACCUGAUUUCCAGAGUUGUUCCUCUCCAGUACCACAGGGGAGGCCCCAUCAUUGCAGUGCAGGUGGAGAAUGAAUAUGGUUCAUUUGCCAAAGAUAAAGAUUACAUGCCUUAUGUUCAAAAGGCCCUGCUGGAAAGAGGGAUUGUGGAACUGCUCGUGACCUCGGAUGAUACAGAAAAUGUGCUAAAAGGCCACAUAAAAGGAGUUCUGGCCACCAUCAAUUUUCAAAGCACUCACCAUACUGUCUUGAUGACUACAGCUUUGUAAUAUAACUUGAAGUCUGGAAUGCCCAUUAUGAUCAUGGAAUUCUGGGUCGGCUGGUUUGACACAUGGGGAGGUGAACAUAUGGUUGGUAAUCCUGAGGAUGUUGAGGAAACUGUGUCCAAAUUUAUCACAUCAGAGAUCUCCUUCAAUGUAUAUAUGUUCCACGGUGGAACCAACUUUGGUUUCAUGAAUGGGGCCACAUAUUUUGGGAGGCACAGAGCUGUUGUCACUAGCUAUGACUAUGAUGCUGUGCUGACAGAGGCUGGGGAUUACACAGAAAAAUAUUUCAAGCUUCGAAGACUCUUUAGAUCUGUCUUAGCGAUGCCUCUGCCUGCUUUACCCAAGCUCAUUCCCAAGGCUAAGUAUCCUUCUGUGAAACCAUCCCUUUACUUGCCACUGUGGGAUGUCCUACAGUACUUAAAUGAGCCAGUUAUAUCUAAUACACCAGUCAACAUGGAGAACCUCCCUAUAAACAGUGGAAAUGGCCAGUCCUAUGGAUUCGUGCUUUAUGAGACUUCCAUCUGCUCUGGAGGUUCUCUCCACGCUAAUGUUCAAGAUACAGCACAGGUGUUUUUGAAUGAGAUAAGUUUAGGACUUCUGGAUGAUCAUACUAAGGAGUUGAAUAUUCCUAAAAUCAAGGAAUGUCGACUUCUAAGGAUCCUGGUAGAGAAUCAAGGACGAGUCAAUUUUUCAUGGAAAAUUCAAGAUCAGCGGAAAGGAUUAACUGGAUCAGUUACCAUCAAUAACGUUCCCCUAAAUGGUUUUGUUAUCUAUUCUCUGGAAAUGACAAUGAGCUUCUUUGAAAGGCUCCGCUUUGCCACUUGGAGGCCUGUCCCAAAGAGCUAUUUGGGCCCUGCCUUCUACCUUGGUACCUUGAAGGUUGACUCUUCACCCAAGGACACCUUCCUGAGUCUACUGACCUGGAAUUCUGGAUUUGCAUUCAUCAAUGGACGUAACCUUGGGCGAUAUUCAAUUAUUGGACCUCAGGAAACACUUUACCUUCCUGGUGCUUGGCUCCAUCCAGAAGACAAUGAGAUCAUCCUGUUUGAGAAAAGGAAGAGUGGUUCAUACAUACAAACUACAAAUGAACCCAUGCUGUAAGACUGUGUUAUAAUACAUUUCUAGGAUUGUUAGAGUUCAUCUACAAGCAUUUUUUUUAGUAGGAAGAUUUAUGUUGAGAAUAUCAGUGUUGCCUACAAUAGCAAAAAUGUAAAAAUAACCUAAAAAAUAAAAAAGGAAAUU